CACGCUCCACAUAAUUCGUCUUCCAGCGUGCUACUUCGUGCUUCCUUAUCCAACCCUCUACCCGUAUCUACAUUCACAUACCACACAAACAUACAACUGCCUCCACAAUGUCUUCCGCAAGCACACACCCUGUACGCAGGCUGUCUCUAUACUGCCCCGAUCUCAACAAGAAUUGGUACAACUUCCUCAUCACCCCUUCAAUGACCUGGGAAGAUAUGAUUGUAUCUAUCCAAGCUGCAUUCCAGUAUCAUGACCCAGUCUGGCCCCUCGACAUUAACGGCGAACCCUUCUCCAAAACUGCGGAUGUCUUCAACCUCGCCAGCGUUCAGAACGGUGAAGAGCUUCUCAUUCAGCUGAGGGAGGGCUUUCGCAUCGUUGGGCCACUGGAUUUGGAGGUUGUUCUGUACCUCGAGGAGAGUGACCCUGGUGCACUGGAGACCACUCUUAGGAAAGCUAAGCCAGCAGAGAAGCGUGUUCACAUGGAGAAACUCCGCCGCCGCGAUGGUGUCGUGUCGCCAGAAAGAACAUUUGCCGCAUUGUUCUUCCCCACUCCGAGGUCAUGGAACUUGUCGCCGCGCUGAACAAGGUUUCUGAUACCAUGUUGAAGCGGAGUUAUUCCGCAAGCAAGGCUCUAGACGAUAUCAGCAACAACUGGCGCGUCCGCACCACCGAAAAGACCAAGGACCUCACCAACGUCUUGAGGUGUCUGGCCAUGAUUGACAUCUUCAGCAAGGCCUUACCCGGUCAGCACUACUUGGGCGAAGGUUUCCUCCUCGCCGCCACUAAAGCC